AGGCCCCCGGCAGAAGCCGCCUUUCCUCCCAGCAACAGUCGAUGCUCUGCCGAUGGUGACCCGGUGUCGGAAGGCCCGAGUACCCUGAAGCUUUCGGACCUGCCGGGGGAACGCCCCCGCGGCGCGCCCCGCCCCGGAAACCCGCCCCCAGCUGCCUUGGCGCACUUUUAAAACAGACUCCAUUCUACUUGUUUCUCUGGGUCAGAGUCCUGCGGGGUCUAGGUUCUCUUACCCUGAGCUGGCGGCCCCUGCACAACGAUGAAGAGGACCCGCGACGAGGUGGACGCGACGCUGCAGAUCGCCAAGGUGAACACGGCCGAGCUGCUGCCCACGGUGCACUGCUUGGGCUUCGGCCCUGGGGCCAGCGCCGCCGCCGGCGACUACUGCCUGCUCCAGCUGGAGCCUGCACUGUGCCAGCAGCUGGAGGCGGGACGCAGUCUUGUGAUUCGUGGUGAUAAGGAUGAACAGGCAGUGCUGUGCAGUAAAGACAAAACGUAUGACUUGAAAAUAGCAGACACUUCCAAUAUGUUGCUUUUUCUUCCUGACUGUAAAACUCCAGACCAGCUGAAGAUGGAAGAAACCCACUGUAACAUUAUUCACUCCGAGAUCUUUGGUUUUUCUAAUAAUUACUGGGAAUUAAGAAGAUGUAGACCUAAAUUAAAGAAGUUAAAGAAACUUCUGAUGGAAAAUACCUAUGAAGGACCUGAUAGUCAAAAAGAAAAGGAUUCAAAUCGAUCAAAAUAUACGACUGAAGAUUUGCUUGAUCAAAUUCAGGCAAGUGAGGAAGAAAUAAUGGCCCAAUUACAAGUUCUAAAUGCCUGUGAGAUUGGAGGUUAUUGGAGGAUUCUUGAAUUUGAUUAUGAGAUGAAACUUCUGAAUCAUGUUACUCAGCUCGUGGAUUCCGAAUCUUGGUCUUUCAGUAAAGUUCCUUUGAAUACAUGCCUUCAGGAACUUGGACCAUUGGAGCCAGAGGAAAUGAUCGAACACUGUCUCAACUGUUAUGGAAAGAAAUAUUUAGAUGAAGGUGAAGUUUAUUUUGAAUUGAGUGCAGAUAAAAUAUGCAGAGCCACAGCACAAAUGCUACUUCAGAAUGCAGUGAAAUUCAAUCUCGCUGAGUUUCAAGAAGUGUGGCAACAGAGUGUUCCGGAAGGAAUGAUAACUAGGCUUGAUCAGCUUAAGGGUUUAGCCCUGGUGGAUAGACACUCAAGACCAGAAAUCAUAUUUUUGCUGAAAGUAGAUGAUUUACCUGAAGAAAAUCAGGAACGUUUUAAUAGUCUAUUCUCUCUGAGGGAGAAGUGGACAGAAGAAGAUAUUGCUCCAUAUAUUCAAGAUUUGUGUGGAGAGAAGCAAACCAUUGGUUCAUUACUCACUAAAUAUUCUCGAUCUUCAAUGCAAAAUGGUGUUAAAGUUUAUAACUCAAGAAGACCCAUUUCUUAAAAAGAACAAGGCUUUUCUUUGGGACUAAAGUUGCUGGUUAUAUGAAAAAGAUAUGUUUUUUAUGUAUUUAUAUUCCAGACUUUAAAAAAUGUAGUGCUCGAGGCAUUUUUCUUCUCAUCUUAAGCAUUUUGAAACUAUUGCUCUCCUUUUUUCUUAAAUGUAAUAGGAUAUUUUGUAUCUUUCCAAUUGUUUAUAUUUUGUAUACAGUGUAAACCAGGAUAAAAGAAAAUUAUUUCCUAUAUUUAGUAUAUCUCAGUCUGUAUGGGUUUAUUUAUUAGAAUGAUAAUUUUGCUUUUUUAUAUUUAAAAUUGCAUUUCUCUAAGAUUUGGCAUUCUAAUUAAUAAUAAAUUUAAAAGUUUUCAAAGAACUGAGUAGUAACAGUUUCCUAGAAGAGAAUUAUUCACUUAAAUAUCAUUUCUCAAGAGAGUUCCCCUCUACUUUUAACCUUCCACCAAAACAGGAAGUCACAUGAUGCUAUCAGUUAUCUAAAUUAGUUGUUUGUAUUGAUGAAAUUGGCUUGACAAUUGCUCCUGUUCACCUGGCUGAUGUAGAUGUGCUCUUUGGGAGGAAAGUUUGUAUACUACCUUUCUGCUUCUUUUUCUCUCAUUCUUUCCUUAACCCAAUGACAUCUCUUUAAUCCAGUUGGAGAAAAAGCAUCUAUCUCUCUAAAUAUUCUUCAUCUUCCAUGCAAAAUGGUAUUAAAGUUUAUAAUUCAAGAAGACCCAGUUAAAAAAAAUUAUUUGAGUAUAGUUGCCUUAUAAGAAGACACAUUUUAAUACUAAUCUAUGUAAAAAAUACUAACUGUAGUUUAUAAUCUUAUAAUAAAGGAUACUCACACAGGUAAUACUCACUAAAAAACUACAAGUAAUUCUUAGCUGGUUCUGGAAUGCCUGAUAAAGUUCCUUUACAUCUUUAUUUUCCUAGUAUGUUUUCAUUUAGACCAAAAUUCAAAUUAAUUUUAAUUUACCUAAUGAACUUGUUCCCAGGACAGCUGGAAGGGGUAGACCAGGGUUUAAUCUGUUCCACAAGUUUAAAAAAAAAUGUUGAGGAGUUAUCCACAACUAGCUAAAAUUUAACUGUUAUUGGAACUUAACAGCUGUACAAACAUGAAAUGCAAAUACGAUGGCUUCAAAAUAUUUGUCCGUUCAAAAAAUUCUUCUGCAUCUAUAUAAUCCACUUGUUUUUUUAAUAAAUGCUGAGGCAGCAGUGCCUAGUAAACACUCUGGAAUUUGAGUUAAGACUACUUGGUCUAAUCAAGUAUUUUACAGCUUAAAUUACGGAGGCCCAGGAGUUAACAGUGUCUGUUCACACAGCAAACCACAGGCACAUCUCUCCUCCUGGUUUCCUAUCCCCCUCCCACCCCAACCCUGCCCCGGUUAUUAGCUCCCAGCCCGACUCUUCACAAACCUUGUCCCCAUACUUUACAGUACGCUUA